GUUCAAAUUUCAGCAAAACAAUUUCUCUGCCCUGCUACUGCUACUGUUCUCUGCCUCCAGAGCUGCCGUCGUCGGAGAAUCAUCGGACCUAGAUUGAACAGUCGAAUCAAUGGCGGAAACUAGUUUCCCCAAUUCUUCUGCUGAAGACCUCAAGAGACAUGUAAUGGAGAUUUUCCAGGAUGCUACCAACGACUGUGAGGACGAGGAAUUGAAAGGUAUAUUUCUCGCGGUUGGGAUGAGCUAUGAUUCCUUGAAUGAUUGUGCAGUUCAAAUGUUCGAUGCAGAUAUGGGCGAAACUGACAAAGCUAGAGAGAUGUUUAAGCCUCUCUCUCACUUGGGCAUUCUGUCUCAUGUAGCUGUCUUUACCAUUGUCAUUUCGCUCUACUCCGGUUCACGCAAGGCCGAGAGUGCUCUCAAGGUCUACCACCAGAUGAUAGCCACUGGUGUCAACCCUGUCUCCUUCACUUACACUCAACUCAUCUGUGUACUUGCGACAGACUUUUCCAAACUUAAGUACCUUAGGUUGGCCAAGAAGUACUUUCUUGAAACCUUGGAUAAGGGGAUGAAGCUCGAUCGUACACCCUUUUGGAAUCUUAUGAAAGCCAUUGCCUACCGAGAGCCACUAGAGAAGUUCAAGGAGUUCCUGCAGCAGAUAAAAGCCAAGGGUCUAGUGCUUCAUGACUACGGUUUUAACUACAGAGAAGCCUACCUCGCUGAAGCAAGGGAAGUACUGAAAAUGUUUGCUCAUCUUGUCCACAAUGACACCAUUGACAAAGAUGUUAGAAGUUACUUCUUCUGGAAGACCACCUCUGCUGAACACUUCCAGAAACUUGGGUGCAAGAUGUACAGUGCUUUGAUAGAUGAUGGAAAUGUAGAUGAGGCAAAAGAGUUCCAUGAUGAAGUUGAGGAGACGGGUAUACAGCCAUUGGUCUUAAUCCACACCUCCAUUAUUGAAGCCUACCUCGAGUUUGGCAAGACCAAAGGUGCUCUGGAGGCAUACCUUGCCAUGCUAGCUGCUGGGGUUGCCCCCAACUCCUACACUUACACAGUUUUAAUCAAGGGACUUGCUGCUGAUCCCAAUUUCUUUGGAGAUGCCAAGAAGUAUUUGCUCGAGAUGAUGGACAAGGGGAAGCGGCCCAAUGUUGCUACCUUCACUGCGGUGAUAGAGGGCUUUGCAAAGCAGGAGGACGAGGCAGCUCAAGAGGAGGGAAAACAGUUUGUGCAGGUCAUGAUUGAUAAGGGUUUUGUGCCUAAUGCAAAGGCUAUGAUGAACGUUUUAAAGGGUCGACAAACACGUGUAAUUAGAAGCAUCUUGAGUAUUGUCCUUUCCACCUUGAAGGAGUGA